AUGGUAACAAUCAUCGUUUUUGCUCUUUUGGCUUUUCACAGUUUAACAGUAUUUGGAACAACACAACCACUAAUAAUUUUUUCCAAGCAUUCAAGUGAAUUAACAUUGAAUAGUGGAAUAUAUACUCGUAAUGGAAGUUCCGGAGUAAAUUAUUAUUAUGAAGCAAUUGAAGUACAAGUAAAUACAACAGGAAAUUAUACAUUCACAAGUUCAAGUUCUAUUGAAGAUACAUAUGGUUAUCUGUAUCAACGAAAUUUUUAUCCAUCUGCUCCUUCAUACAAUAUUGUUUCAAAAGAUGAUAAUGGUGCUGGAAAUGGUCAGUUUCAAGUGAUAGCUGCUCUUCGAAGUGAUACAAAAUACAUUUUAGUAUUUACAACAUUUCAUGAAAACAAUACCGGAUCAUUUUCAAUCCUUACAUCUGGACCAGAUAAUGUUUUUAAUCCAAUAGAAGUUUUAUCAACAACAACACCAAUGCCUAUAUGUGACACACUCGAAUUCAAAGAACAGCCAAUGCUUAAUACAUCUGGUACAGCUCCUCAAUCAGCAAUAUCUGCUGAUUUCAAUAAUGAUGGCCAUUCGGAUCUAGCAGUCACUAAUUAUGAUACAAAUACUGUCUCAAUUUUCUUGGGUAUUGGUAAUGGAUCGUUUCAAUCACCUUCGAUGAAUUUUUCCACGAAAGGAAUCAAUCCAUAUUGGCUUGUCGCUAAUGAUUUCAAUAGUGAUGGAAAUCUCGACUUAGCCAUAACCAAUGAACAAUCAAAUACUGUCGCCAUUCUUCUUGGUCUGGGCAACGGAUCGUUUAAGCUACCAGCUAUAACUUUUGCUAGUGGAGGAUCUUUACCGUCCUCAAUCAUCGCCACUGAUCUUAAUAACGACAAUAAAAUCGAUUUGGUUGUAACAAAUACCGGCUCUGACAAUAUCACAGUCUUCUUGGGUAUAGGCAACGGUACUUUUCAACUUCCUGGAAAAUCUUAUACAGCUGCUUCAUUACCUUCAUCAAUAACGAGCGGCGAUUUCAACGGUGAUGACAAUAUCGAUCUAGCCGUAGUAAGUCGUGGAAGUAAUAAACUGCUCAUUUACUUCGGCCUCGGAAACGGAACUCUUUGGUCCAACUUCACUAGUUAUACGACAGGGUUAUUUCCUUAUGUUGUUCGUUCAGCUGAUUUCAAUGGUGAUUCAAAAUUAGAUCUAGUUGUUGGCAAUUUUUAUUCCAAUUCGAUAAGUAUUUUUCUAGGCACCGGUACGGGUACAUUUAUAAUGGCGUCUCCUUCGACAUACCCUACAACUGGCGCAGGCCCUAUCGAUAUUGCAAUUCAGGAUCUGAACGGAGAUGCAGUAGUAGAUCUGGCGGUCAGCAAUCAGAUUGGCAAUACUAUCACCAUGUUCUUGAGCAAUGGAAACGGUACUUUUCAACAAGGAAAAAAUUAUUCAUCAACAGGAAAAAAAUUACAAUCGAUUAUCGCCCAAGAUUUUAACGAAGAUGGAAUGUAUGAUUUGACUGUGACUAGUCAAAAUACCAACGCGUUGACCAUUCUAUUAACACAAUGUGUUUAA